AUGAAGAAGCCCUUGACAAGUUUGUCUGUGGACUUCACCCCACCAUAUGAGGAAAUGUUCUUGCCGCCCAACCUGUUGACAUUGACGAUGCCUGCAACAUCGCUUUGGCAUAUGCCAGUGGCCUCCACUUGGGGCAACAGAACAACUACGCACCUGUCCCCCAACUGUACCAACAGCCGUACCAACAGCCGUACCAACAGCAGUACAGUUGUCCCGAGCCCAUGGACCUGGAUGCGAUUCAAGGUUGCCAUAAUAACUACCAAUCUCGCCCCCCUCAGAAACGUAAUAUGGCUACUUGCCAUUAGUGCGGCGAAGUUGGUCACUUCAAGAGGAACUGCUAAUAAUAUUAGCGAAACUAGCGAACCAGAAAUUAAUAAAGACGUGUCUGAACAGUAUACAAAUGUUACCAAUGAAGAGCCUGAGACUAUGUCUGAAGAAAAUUGUGACCCUUGUCUCACUGCUGACCAACAUUUCUUAGAAGAUCUCCAUGCUGCCGUGGACACAGACUUGCCCUUAUAUGCCGCUAUACUUGAUGGACAACAAAUCCUGGUGUUAAUUGAUAGUGGUGCUAGUGCAAACUAUGUAUCACUCCAGAUCUCCCAUUUGGCCACACACAUUUUGGAUAUACCCGGACGAUCAGUCGAAACUGCAGGAGGACACAGCAUUAAGAUCCAUUGGAAGGCAACAUUAAACCUCUCUUUAAAUGGAUACACUGACACCAUCAAUGCUUUUGUAUUUCCCACUAAAUUCGACUUGAUUCUUGGUUGCACUUGGUUGCAAAUGGCUAAACCCGUCCCAGAUUGGCAUGUUGAUAGCUGGUCUUUACACUGUGAUGAACAAGAAUUUAUUUUGCGUCCUCAUGGGCCCCAUCCUACUAAACCUCACCGAAACUAUCUGAUAUCUGCAAAACAAAUUGAGAAACUCUCUAGGAGAGAGGAGGCCAAAUGCUUUUUUAAAAGAAUUCGAGGACGUUUUCCAAGACGGUUUACCUGGAUUACUGCCAAACCGUGA